CCGCGUUCACCCACCGGAGCCCAUGGCCGCCGCGCCAGACUCGGGCGAGCCCGCCAAGGGGAAGCCCUUUAAGCUCCUAGGAAUUUUAGAUGUUGAGAACAUCCCCUGUGCUCGGGACUCGGUAUUGUAUGGUUCAUUAGGAUCUGUUGUGGCUGGCCUUGGACAUUUUUUAUUAACUAGUAGGAUUAGAAGAUCAUGUGAUGUUGGAGUAGGAGGAUUUAUCUUGGUGACUUUAGGAUGCUGGUUCCAUUGUAGGUAUAAUUACGCAAAGCUAAGAAUCCAGGAAAGAAUUGCCAGAGAUGGAAUUAAAAAUCAGAUUCUCUACGAAAGUACCCACCUUGAUCCUGAAAGAAAACAAAGCAAGAGCGGCAGCUGAGCAGGGUCUCAAGCAUCAAAAACCCAACGGUGGCUGCAGGGGUUGGUGCGAAUUGCAUGGAGGGCAGCCGAUCACCCUCCUGUGUGCGUCUCCCACCAGACUUUCAGUCAUAAAAUAAAAGAUGGUGUGUGUUGCA